AGACUGUUUCACAGCACACCUCAUAUUUUGGCUCCUUAUGUACUGAACAGAAGUUGCAAGAUGUGAUAGCAGCUGAAGAGAGACACAGAGAGCUACAGGGGGCUAUGGAUGGACUGCGUUUACCUCCACUCAUCGAGGAGGCUUUGGACUCUACAGAUGACCCGUGCGAUCUGAAAGCAGAGUGCAGCCCCACCAUGGACAACGAGAUAACAGCGAAGGAGAGAGGCGUUCUGGAGGAGAACAAUGAGAAAGAGGAGAUGGACCAGGAGAGAGCUCAGGAGGAGGAGGGGGAAGAGAAGAAGCUGAAGGAGGAGGAAGGUGAAGGGGAGGAGAAGAGGAAGCCGGAUCAAGAGCCACUGACAGAGGAGCAGGAACUGGAGGAGCUGAGGGCCCAGGUGCUGCAGCUGCUGCUGGAGCUGGACGACGCCAGAGAGACCUCCAACAAACACCAGGAGAGCUUCCAUGAGCUGCAAGGUCUGCUGGAGGAUGAGCGUCUGGCCAGUGCCCAUCAGGCUGAAGCCUUCACACGCCAGAUCCAGAAUCUCCAAGCCCAGCUGCGUUCUGUGCAGGAGGAGAUGGACAGCCUGGAGGAGGAGAAGGAAAGCGAGCUGGCCGAGGCCCAGGAGGAGCUGCGUGUUGCUCAGGAGGAGGUGAUCCUGCUGCAACAGGCGGCAGAGGAGGCGGCAGCAGAGAGGGAGAACGACAUCGCCUCGCUGCAGGAGGAGCUGUGUCGCCGGCGGGCCGAGCUGCAGCGCCUCAGCGAGGAGACCCAGGAGUACGAGCUGGAGAUCACCACGCUGAGAGCCGAGAUCAGCAUGAAGAGUCAGCGCAGAGAGGCCGAGAGGAAAGAGGGUGACGUGGACCUGCUGAAGGAGGAGUGCCGUGUGCUGAAGGAGGAGUGUCAGACCCUGAAAGAGGACAACAGACGUCUCUCUGAGAGGCUGCAGCUGCUGCAGAGACAGAGGACAUGCUCCAGUGUCUACCUGUCACUGAAAGAGGAGGACGCAGAGGAGGGCACAGAGGGGAAGGAGAUGGGAAUUGGCUCGGAUGAGGUCAUGACAGAGAGUUACAUGACCAUGGCCCAGUCUGAGAACUGUCGCCUCGUGGACGCGUCCAUCCAGAAGAAUAUUUCGUUUGAUGGAAAGCCCAUGACACCAACCGGCUGGAACGGAGGCAUCGGGGAGAUCUUCUCCCUGAGGGACCAGCUCAAACAGGCAGAGGAGAAGGCCUCACAGGUUCAGAGAGAGUGUAAUGGUCUGAAGAUGGAGCUGCAGGAGCUGCAGGUACUGUAUGACUGCAGCCAGAGGGAGAGAGCAGAGCUGGAGGAGGAGCUGCAGCACUGCAAGGCAGAGCUGGAGAAGCUGUCAGGGGGGGCUCAGAGAUUCAUCCAUGCGUCUGAGCACCCUGUUCUCUCCAUCCCCUUCAUAGGAAUAAUUGUAAUAUUGGCUGUGGUCUGGUGCUGGUUGUCGGAGCUGGCGUCCCAGAGGGCAAGGGGAGUGAGGUAGGUUGGAACUCCAUUUUGACUAUCACUGCAGCCACAGCAGUGCUACUAAUGAUGACUAGCUUGUUGAGAGCCCUCGUCCGAUGUUGACUGGAUGGGCAACAACUGCACAGGGACAGACGUCUGCUUCAGACCAGCCCUCGUUCUCUCCUGCCAUGUCUAUAGACUGAACUGGAUUUCUCUUAUUGCGAUAGAGCUGACAGCGGUGUAGUACAAAAUGUAUGGGAAAUGUUGUCGCUAAUGAAAAGGUACUACAUGCACUGAGAACGAUGCGCUCAGUCGCAUUUAAGACUGAAGAUGAUGAUGAGUUGACCUGCAGAGCGCCCAACAUGAGGACCGAUCUCACUCCACUAAAUGUAUGCUAGUGCUGUGACACUCUUCCUCUGUGUCUGUGAAUAUUAUUUUUCUCUCCUUUAGCUAACAAUGUGAUAAAAAUGAAGGUUUUGAUUAUUAAUGUGCACCAACAGGUUUUCAAAUUAUGUAACCAUUAUUUAUUUAUUUGUUUGUUUGUUUAAAUAUUUCAUUUCAUAGUUACAUAGUUCAUAGUGGUCUCUGAUAAUAAUGACAAACACGGAGUCUGGAGAUUUAAUGCACUGAAAUCCCUGAUAUGUAGGCCUACGUAUGCUCUUUAUAUUAACAAAAUGAGCAGUUUGUAAAUUAGUUGACUAUUAACUUCUUGUUGUUUUCCCCCAAAUACUGAAUGCAAUAUAUUCCACGUACUACAAAACUGGAUUAAAUGUCACAAAAUCUCCAUGAAUUAACAUCAGCAUAACAUUCCGAACUAUCAUGCCACUGUAUUUCUGCCCCACACUUUGGAAUAUCAACUUGAUUUCCUUAAAAUGUAAACACCAAUGAUAUGCUACAAGAGCAGGUAUGGCUAACUAAACACCUGUCGUUCUAAACUCAGUGAUGUUUACAGGGGCGGGGCUAGAAGGAGGUGGCACUGGCUCUCCCUGAAAUAUGAUUGACCCCCCCAAUCCAUUGAGCUAGAGUGCAGUCAAUCUGACAAUUGUGAUUUCCAUUGAAUCAGAGUACUGUCACUUGGCCGCCUAUUCUGCUAAUCUUCCCAGCCCUUGUCACAUGACCAAUUCAUGUUUCCAUGAUGAUUAUCCAAAAUUAUGAUACCAUGGAAUAAGCACUGGAAUUGUUUUUUUCUUUUUUAAAGUGGCAGACUGAGCCUAUAAAAAAAGUCUAUUGUAUUCAGAUAUAUAGUUUGUUUAAAAUGAAAACAAGUGAAACUAAUAAUACAUGUGAUGUUUUAUUUAGCAGAAUUACAUUGUGUUGUUCUAUCCUAUCCAAUAUUUCCUGUAUUUCUAAGCAUAUUUUCUAUGCUGUAUUCUGAUAAAAUGUUCCCCCUUCCCCCUGGGACCCCCUGACUGAUUAUUGGUCCCCCUGUGCCACCCCACUCCUAGAAUCGCCCCUGGAUGUUUAAUCCCUCUUGGGUGGAGUCUGCUCCUCUUUAUAGUGUUGUUCAGUUAUGUGCUUUGCUCCAGGCUCUGUCACUUCUGCCUGCCUCAAGUGUCUCGUGUCUUACUCUGAAAUCAAACAACUCCUGCCUUCCUCUUUAAUUCUCAGUUCAACCAAGAUGCCAGAAAGUCUGUGCAGUAUUUCUGGUUUAUCUAACCUGCCUGCAGCUCACUUUGUGAUCAAUUCUAAAAUCUUACACCCACAGCUGCAUCGUUAAACUUACAAAUAUGGUUUGCUGUAGUUUUGUUAUGUGCUAGUAAAGAUAUCUCAGCAAAUUUGGGAGUAAAUUGUAGGAUAAUUAAGCUAUAUUAUUAUGUUUUCUAACAUUUCGCUGUGUAGAAAUAAACUUUUGUUCCUCUCCAGCAGGAUUUAAAUGGCUAGUGUAUUGUUAUUUUGAUUUUCUGGUGAUCGCAGGUUGUUCUAGGUACUCAGUGGGUGAAUGUCGACUGCCAGCGUUCCCUUGUUUACU